AUGGCAACAACAACAACAAUUCAAACAGUUCGUUCGAGAGCUACAAAAUCUGCUAGGUGCUCAAAAAAACGACGUGAACGAAAGCAAGUCCUCGAAAUGCUUCGUAGAAUGGUACCAUUCGUUAAUGAACAUACACCGUUACUUGAAUUACUACAAAAAGUUAUUGAUUACAUUACCGAACUUCAGGAACUUCUCAAUAAUCCGUCAACGAAUGCAAUCGAAAGUAAAGAAAAUAUAUUACCACGGAGGUUAAAUGAAUCAGGUCACAAAAUAUAUACCUAUCAUUGUACCUAUCGCUCAUCAUCAUUCGCUAAAUCGUCUAUUUAA